ACGUUUGGUGCUGUGCAGUGGAAAGUGAGGUUAGGUUUGUGUGUGGCGGUGUCGUGCGAUGUGUCGGCAGUGUUGUGGCGACGCGCGAUACAGGAGGCAGUGUUUACUACUGCGAUCAGCUGAUAGAUUACAGAGGUCAGCGGACUGCAGAUCGAAGGAACAUCUGUUAGCGGGUCACUCACAGCUGCGAAUCAGCUGAUUCCGACAGUGGUGCCAACUCGAGAAACGAAAUAAACAAAGACUGUCAAGUGAUACUAUAUUGAGUACCUGCUAGUUAUAAUGUGACCUGUGAUAUCGCCAUGUACAACCUGAACAUGAGUGGCAGUGGGGGGAGUGGCAUGUUGUCCCUCCCCCUCCCCCAGGGAGAGAACUCCACAACUCCUCGUACCCCGGAGAUCCUCAACUCCCUCAUCGCUAUGACCAACCCCUUCGACUCGUCGUACCGAUCACACGCGCCCCGUCUCGCCUCGUCACCACCGGGCAACUCGGAUAUCUCCAACUCAUCCUCAGGGUCUGGGGGGUGUGUGUCUCCCCCGUCUGUGCAGAGCACAUGUUCUCAACUAAUCAAGGAGGGUCUGAAGCUGACGAUUCAGACCAAGCGACGCCAGAACAGCGGAGAGCUCGACCCACACAAGAUACCUCGACUGUCGGACGAGAUCAGUGGGGACGGCACUGGAGACGACUCACACGACGGGUUGACUCCCGAAGACGAAGAAAGACGAAGAAGAAGACGAGAAAGAAACAAGAUUGCUGCAACCAAAUGUCGACUAAAGAAACGUGAACGCACAGUCAACUUAGUUCAGGAGUCAGAAAUCCUGGAAAACCAAAACCACGAUCUCAAGAACCAGAUUCAGGAGUUGGAGACUCAGAGGCGACGACUGGUAGACAUGUUGACGGUGCAUAGGCCGGCCUGCACCAAGCCUCACGCCUUCCCAGUCACCACCUUCCAGCCCAGCCCGAACUUCCGCCGCCUCGACCCCUACCCUCGCCCUGUGGACUCUACCAUGACCUACCGAAGGGUGGAGACCUGUGUGGAGCCUUACCAAAGAAUGGAGACAGUCCUCGAGGAAACAUACUGUCGCCAGGGGGAAACGGUGUACCACAACUACGAGGCCGAGGCAAAAGAAAGUCCGAUGCUUACGUUCAAUAGGUGUGGUGACAACUCCUUCACCGAACAAUACUCUUGCCAAAAUUUGACCAAUAUAGACCAAUUUGUCAAACCGGAGUUACCGCCUGUGAUGAUGAAUGGGUUUCCGAGUGCGAAUUUCCGUCCGAUGGACAUGAACAGUUCCGUUUCGCCCGGUUAUGAGAGCGGAAGUCCAAGCAUCGCUUCGUCCUAUCACCAGUUUGACGAGGAGAGUGAUACGUUCAGUGGGGACUUCUCGCCUGCUGGUAUAGACCGUGGGUGUAUGGCGUGAUACUUGACAAACUGCUGUGGUUCAACCCACGAGUUACCUUAGUUGCAGUGCUAAACUCAGUGUUAAUCAAAGGAAAAACUCUAAGUUAUUUUCCAACUUGUACCUGAAUCUGGAACCAGCCAGAUUGCUCCUUUUGUAAGCUUUUUAAAUUAGGUACCAAAGCCUAAAAUGCCUGUAGGAUUUUAAAAUCUAAACAUUUUCAGUACUUACACACAGUUUUUUGCUUUUAUUUAUUUGAUUUGGAAUUAUUUAAAAAUCAAAAAUAACUGAGUGAUUUUUUAGGUAUUUUGUUUGGUGUACUUCUUAUACUUUUGAUAAAUAAAUCACUUACGAUUCAAAAUAAAUCUACUUCAGAUGGUUUUAACGCAUUCGCUACCAGGUCUCACAAAGCCAUUCAUACAGUGGAUUGUGGCUCCAGAAUUAGUCUAAAGGUCCACUUCCUAUCCUGCGACUGUUACGACCCUAGUCUCGCGGCGGGAGCCGCGCGGCUGAAAUAAAUUACUGCUUUAAUGCAAAGUAAAUGCAACCGUUUCCUAUCGAGCGUCUACAGCCGCGCGACUGAAGCGACUCGAGCCGCGCGGCUAGAGCCGUCGCGACUGGACUGCUCCGUGAGCAGUUCAGUUGCUUCAGUCACGCGGCUGUAACGAAUUUAUAGUUUAUACAUACGAAGUUUGAGGUGUGGUGUACCUUCAUAGAUGAUUCAAAGUUAAUGGAACUGGUUCGUCACCACCCAUACGUUCACCCCCAAUACUUGAAGAAGAUGUCUCUGAAUAAGAAUACUCUGAAACCGCUAUUUUCACCGUACCAUGAACAAUGGAUUAGGUUGUUCAUUGUUUUUUACCAUGCACAUUAAUAAUUCCUUUUCCUCCCUUUCUCCAAGUAAUAUAUUCGCUGCCAACUGUGCUUAUUCCAUGACGGUCAGUAGUGCAAUUUCACAAGUCACUAGUCGUGGGAGUCGUAGGAGUCGCGGCAUAGGAAUUGAGACAAGCGUCUCCAGCCGUACGGAUCUAGACGCGCGGCUAGAGUCGUAACAGUCGCAGGAUAGGAAAUGGACCUUUAGUACCGGUAGUUCUAGACAAAAACUACGGUAUAUGUUUUGAAAACUGACACAACUAUUCAGUUGAAGUAGAAUAGAAUAUAACUCUUACAAUACUACUACUACUGUACUACACUUUUUAUAUUGAUUAUUUCCUUUCCCUUCAAAAACUAUAAUAAGUAAACCAAACAAUGCCAAGUACUCAUAUUGUUACUCUGGGACUGUUCCGCCUUUUCCUGCUUUGGUGUUUUAUUUUUAUACAUGUGAUAAUUUUAAGUAUUGACUUAGCACUUCUUUUGCUCUAAGCACAAAGAUGUUACAACUCCGGUUUAAUUUAUGUAAGCUUUAUGUGUUCAAAUGAACUGUUUUAUAUAAAUAUAUAUUUUCAAUGUUAACUUGUUGUACCAAUUUAUUGUAAUUAUAGCUGUAAAAUAUUACUUUAAGUGAUGGAAGUUUUUUCUGAGUGAAAAGAUUAGGUAAGUGAGAAACUUUCUCCAUUAUAUUUUAGUCCCAUGGUCAUAAUAAUAUAACUUAUGUUUGCUACUUUUUAAACAGCCAAACAUUUUGGCAGGCAAGUUUGAAAUUCUUAUCAAAUCAUAUAAUUUAAAAUAACAUCAAUUUGCACUGUUUUUGUAAACAAAAUUAAUAUUUUAUCACUACAAUACAAGUUUUUAAACUCUUCAUGUUAUAGAUUUGGCUUGAAACUGGUUUCUUUAUUAAUUUUUUUACUUAAAUAUUUACUUUAGUUGACUUGGGGAACCAAUAUUGAUAUAAAUAUUUUCAUGUAUAUUGUGCCUUAUAAACCGUGCCAUGAAAUAAAAAAAUACCACCAUACUGUAAAGAUGAAAAGAGCGCUAAUAGUUUCCACUUACAUUCUUUGAGAACUUAAUUUUGACCAACAUUCCUUAAAAAUAAUUUCACCAGUUCAGAGAUAUCAUUCCGUAUUUUGGGCUGAAUGAUCAUAAAUGGGGUUUUUGGGGUUGUGCUUUUUUACUCCAGGUUUUCAAAUUACUUGGAUAUGUUUACAAUUUUUUCAUGCAUAUGUACAGAGGACUGUUGCUUAUUUUGUAUUGCUAAGUUUUUGUACUUUUUUAUUAUGUUCUUACAAUAUUCUUGUUACUAUGUGAAAGACAAGGUAAUCAAAUUGAUAUUUAGAAUACAACACAAAAUAAAUGUACUAGAACCAGAGGAUGGGUGAUAAGUGUAACUAAUUUUAUACUUGGGUAGAUCUUUAUUUUAUUAUCAUUAUCAAUGAUAAAUCUAAUAAAAUAAAGGCUAUUAUACUGGCAUAUCGGCUCUCUGAAAUGUAGAUUUUACUAUAUUACAGAGACGCAAAAGGUUUUAAAAAUGUAUUAAAUUUUACUGAAGGGUUAUUAAUCUAUUUACUUUUUAUACGAUUCUAACUUUUAAUACAAACAGGAUUUGCCUUGUGUUGUAACUUAAAAAUUUACUAAUUAUAUGCUAUAAGCACAGUUGUGUAUGUAUUUACAUAUUUAAAUGUUUAAAAACAAAGAAACUGUUCCUUAGUCAUUAGAAUUUUUAGGAUCGAAAAGAAGUUUUACCUAAUGUGCUUCAAAAGCAUAAUUAAAAUUAUAUUUUGAAUUUAAAAAAUUACCUAAUGAAUUUUUAUAAUAAAUGUUAUGUA